AUGAACAUAAAAGAAAGAAAAGGAAAAUUCUGCAAAAAUAAAACAAAGAUUUUAUAAUUGUUAUAAGGAUUAGAUUCAAUUCUGAUAAAUAAAGGCAAUCCCUCACAAAAAUUUGUAAUAAAUUUAGAGAAAAAAACUUUAAGAGGUGGCGGAUGUGGAUGGUCGGUAGAAUAAGAUAUUUAAUCUUCUAAUCUACCCUGUUAUAUUCCCCUAGAUUUUUCUUCAAAUAUUAAAAAGUACUCAAAUAUAAUUGCAGAGAAAGCAUCUAUAAUAUUUGAUAAAAUAAAAAAAAAUGAAGUUUUGAUAGCAUUUUUAUGGUUUUAAGAUAAUGCUAUUUAUAUUUAGUCCUUAUGUUAAAAUGAUUAAAUAACCUUAAAACACUAUUCUUUAAUUGAAAAAACUUUAGAAAAAUUAAUGAAAUGUCUUGAUAUUUAUUUACAAAGUUCAGGAUAUUUAUUUUAUUAAUUACUUCAAAUUUGUAAUUGUUUAAUAAGAGUUAUUUUUUCUUAUCAAUUAAAAAAUAAAGAUAGAUUUAUGCAAGAGAAUCUAAAAUAAGUUUUUUUAGAAUAAAUUGCUAAUAUUGAAAGUUUGAUGUAAAUAGAAUCCAUCAACAUAUGGAUAACUGGUGUUGAAUUUGAACUAUAAUUGAUAAAAACGUGGCUAUCUCAUUGUCGUACUAAUUCUAAGAAAUCCAAAUAAUUAGGAUUAGCUGUAUUAAGUGGAAUAGUAUCAUCAAUUGCAUAACUUAAGCCUAGUGAUGAAUUAAUAGAAUCUUUAAUUGAAAGUGCUAAAUUUAUAUUGAUGAACUUUUUUGAAUGUUAUAUAAAGAAUCCAAUAUAAAAAUAUGAAGUAUAUUACUUUUUUGAAAGCUUAAAAUGGGCUAUAUUAAAUUAGUUAUUAUUAGGAUGUUCCGUUUAAAAAUAGAUUAAAUAAAUUGAAGAAGGUUAUAAAAAAUAUAUAGAACCAUCAAAAGAUUGGAUGAUUCAUUUUUGUUGGAUAAAUGUAAUAUCUGACUUAAUUACAUACAGACCUAUAAUUCACUAGAAAAAUAUUUCAAAUAUAAUUAAAUCAAAUUAACCAGUUUAUGAAACUUUUAAAUAGCUAUUAAAUUCUUAACAUAUUAUUUCUAUUCCUUAUGAUAAAACUUAAGCAAGAGUUAGAAUUUUUAAUGUAGAAAAAUCAGACCAUUAAAUAUUUAAGGAAUUAAAGAUUUUUUAAGAGUAUCUCAUCUCUGAAGAAGUUCAUGAACUAAAAUUAUGGUCUAAAUAUAUUAAUUUUGAAAUUAAAAAUAAGCAAAAUUCUAAUAUUAGCAAUCAUGAUUUAAAUUUAUAGUUAUUGAGAAGUUAAACAAAUUGUGAUGAAAUUUUUAAGUUAAAUACAAUUUUAUAAAAAUUAAGAGAUGAAAUUUUAAAAUUAAUUGAUGGAGUAACAUAAAAAAGAAUAUCAUUAUUUAAUACUAAAAAUGAGUAAUAAAUAUAACUUAAAAUCUAAAAAUAAGAUCUAAAAUCUGAUUUGAAAUAAUUAAAAUAAAAAACUUUAUAAUUCAUAUAUGUUUGUAAUGAAAUUGAAAUCAAAUUAAAUCAAGAAAAAGUAAAAAUUAGCAUAAUUAUGGAAAUUUUACAAAAAAAUAGAGAUGCUUGUUUAUCAAAAUCAUAAAAGUAAUAUUAAUCUUGUGGUGAUUUCUCUGAUAAAGUAAAAUAAUCUUUUGAAUAAUUGAAACUCAAUUCAAUAUUUGAUAUUUUGUUUCUCUUAUUUGAAUUUAUAUAUAUAAAUUAUGAUGGUUUAAAGCCAAAGGAUUAAAGUGAAUUAAAUAAAGGAAAUAUUUAUGAUUAAGAUAACUUUAAAUCUACUGUUACUGAGAUUAUUAAUGAAGUCAAUGUCUUUAUAAACUUAAUAAAAGAAUUAUAAUCAAAUUUUACAUCAAUAUUAUCCCAGAAACCAUUUCAAUUCGAAAUUGAAAAAGCGGUAUCAUUAAAAAUUCUUACAGGAAAAUUGUAAGAAAUUUAUUAAUUUUCUUUUUUCAAAUAAAUGAUAGUAUAAUCAAAAGAAUUCAUUUAGUUGAAUUUCUCAAUUGAAAAAUGGGAAUUAGAGUCAAAAAAUUACCAAAAGUAACUAAAGGAGUGUAGAAGUCUUAUUCUAAUUAUUUUUACAAUUUACAAACUUUUAUAAAUCAAUAAUAUUAAAUUAAAAAUAAUUUAAGAAAAAUUAACUAAAUAAUUGAGUUAAAUAUAAGAAAAUAACUAGAAUAGUAAAAAUACAUAAAAUUUGAAAGAUAAAAUUCUUAAAAUAAUAAAAAGUCAAAAAGCAAAAUUAGAAUUAGUUAAAAGUAAAUAUAAUUCUACUGAGACUAAUUAAGGAGAAACUUAAGAAUAUGCUAAUAUUAUUUAAUCUAUACUUUAAGAUAUUGAAUGGAUCUCUAAAUGCGAUUUCGAUUAACAAUUUAAAAAUAAUUUAAUAACUUCUUUUCAAGAAGUAUUUAAUAAAUUAAAAAUAAUUUUAUUUAUACCCAACAAUAAAACUUAAAUUAUAAAAGAAGUGUUGGCCAUUUAUGAUAAAAAUUAUGAAAAUUUGUCAAAUGAAGAUCCAGAUUAAAUUAGCCAGAAUUCUUAAUUAGCAAUAGAAGGUAAGAAACAAUCAAUUAAUAAGCUUGACUAAGAAAAUUAUUUUUCUUAAGAAUCUGAGUUAAUUAAAUCUUUAAGCAAUUUAUUGUAAAUGACGAAAAAAAUAAGAUUUGUAUUAAAAUCUAAUUUAAAUAUUCAAUUAAUAAUGUAAAAUGAUUAAAAUAAAGAAUAAACCUUAAACAAAAAUAAAUAAGAUAUGUCAAAUAUCCAGCCAAUUCUAAAAAACCUUUAAGAGGAAAUUUAAAUAACCUAUUAAUAAUUGGAAAAUAUUAUUUAAAAUAUCUUUGAUUAUAAAGAAGAAAAUCCACUUAAUUAAUCUUAAUAAUGCGAUUUAUGUUAAUCAUAUUUAAUAUUAUUUGAUUCAAAUAUAAAUUAAUCAAAUAUGAUGAACAAUUAACUUGAAGAAAUCACACUUGAUGAGAAUUUGAAUUUUAUGUUUUAACAUUAGAAUUUGGAAUCCAUUGAAAAAUAAAAUUUAAAGAUAUUGACUUCCUUUGAAAAUAAUUCUUAUAAAGUGAGAGAAUUACUUGCAUUUAAUUUGAUUAGAGCUUAAUAUAAUGUUUAGGAAGGAACUAUAUAAGAAAUAUGUUCUAAUCUUUUAAAAUAAAUUUGGAUUGUUGAAAAAAAUCCUAGUGUAAGGAGAGUUUUAUAAAAUGAAGAGAUGAUUGAAAUGCAAAAAUAAAUAUUUUCAAAAGAUCUUUCUUUAUUUUCAAAUUAAUUAAAAAAAGAUAUGACAAAUAAAUUAAAGUAAAUUGAGGAAUUAGAGAAUCAAAUUUUUAAAAAUAAUAAUUCUGAGGAAUUAUAAACUUAGUUUUAGUAAGCUUAUGAUGAAUUUGAAAUAUUUUUAGAAAAUUUAGAUGAUAUGUCUGAAAAUUUAAAGAUUUCAAUGAUAUUUUUAAAAGAUAUUAGCAAAAAUUUAUAAGCAAUAAAAUGUAAACUUGAUCAAUUAAUAAAAAAUGUAUCAUAAAUUGGAAAUGAUGUUAGAAGAUUAAGAGGUAAGAAUAUUUAUGAAUUAUUAUAAAUAAGAAAAGAAAAAGUAUUAAAAUAAAAGGAAGAAAAUGAAUUGAAUUAAAUAUAUAUAGAAUAGAGAACAUAAGAAUUUGAUCCAAAAACUGGAUAAAAAGUAACUGUAGAAAAUGAUUAAAAAACACCUUAAAUCUCAUUUCUGUUAAAAGAUGAUUAAAAUGAUUAUAAUGGUGAAAUAAAUGAAUUUUUAUGGGACAAAAAUGAAAGAUAUAAAGAUGUCUUAUUAUUAAAAGGAAAAGCCGGUUCUGGUAAAAGUAGAGCAGCAAGAAAUAUUGAAGAAUUUUUAUGGAAAUUUGAUACUUUAUAGCCCAAUUGGUAUCCAAUCUAUAUUUCUUUACCUUCUUUAAAUGAUCCAUUACAUAAUUUAAUUGAUUAGGCAUUAGAAUCAGAAACUUACAAUUUCGAUAAAUUAUAAAUAAGAGAAUUUAAAGAGGAAAUCUAAAAUGAAAAUUUAAAAAUUGUUUUGAUAUUGGAUAGUUAUGAUGAGAUGAAAAAUGUAUUUAUUUAAACAAAUUUAAUUACAACAAAUCGUUGGAGUUAAGAUCUAAAUCUUAAAGAAUCUGGAUAGAAACUCAAAGUUAUUAUUACAUGUAGAGAAGAAAUAUUAACUUCUAAAACUUAUUAAUCUUGGUUUUAUGGAAAGAGUAUUGAUUCAUUUAAAGAAGUUUAAUUGGUUCCAUUUAAUUUGGAAUAAAGUAGUCUUUAUAUAAAAUUAUUUAUUAAACUGAGUAUAAGAAGAGAGUUAUCAUAAUUUUAUGAUAUGAUUAAAUAAUUAAAAGGCAGUGGAUUUGUAUUUUCUGAAUUUAGAAACAUUUGCUUAUAACUAGAUAGUUUAAUAGAAGAAAUAAUAACAGCUUCAUAAAACUAGGAAAUCCUAGUAGAGGAUCAAGAUGCAAAAAAAAUAGUAAAGAAAUUAUAAUAAAUACCACAAUGUCAAUUUGUUUAAGAGUAAUAAUUUUUGUAUUUAUAAAAAGGACUUCUUUCUUUAUGGAGCGAAUUAAAAUUCAUCUAAACUAUUCAAAACUUAAAAAUUAACGAUUUUUUGAGAACUCCAUUUAUGAUAGAGAUAAUUGUAUAAAUUUUACCAAAAAUCUCAUAAAACUAUUAACAAUCUUCAACAGUAAGAGAGUUAGUGUAAAAUAAUUAUAAAAAAUUGAAAUAUUAAAUACUUUAAUAACAGCAAACGUUAUAAAAUUAUAAAUAAAAAAACGCAAUUAAAUUAGAAGACACAGUUAAUGAAGCCAUUGAAAAACAAUUAUCUGAAAUCAUGUUUGAAUUAGAAGAACAAUGUUUUUUUGACAAAUACUAAAUAUCUUCAAAAGUAGAGUUUUAGGAUUCAUUCAUAAUACAAUCAAAUGAAAAAUAUCAUUUAAAAUUUGAUGCUGAAGUAAUUUAUUAAGCAUUAAAAAUUAAUUAAUUCACUAACUAUGAUUUUUAUGAAAUGUUUGUUAAUUAUUAUCACUAGCAAUAAAUAUAGAAAUGGAUGGAACUAGGAAAAAUAUCUAAUUAAGAGAUGAUUUCAAUUGAUUUAUUAGAAUUUUCUUAAUCUUUAGCUUUAGAUAUGAUAAUCCAUCAAUAGUUUUAAGUGAAUUAUCAGCCAAAAGGAAGAUUAACGCUUUCUUCAAUAAAUUAAGCAAAUUAAAAAAAAUAGUUAUAAUGGGAAGAUUAAUAUUUUAGUGAAUUAGAUUCUGAUUUUAAUUACAAAUUGUUAAUACGAAAAUGUAGUCUUUUAAGCUCUAAAGGUAGUUAGCAUUCAUUUACUCAUAAAUCAAUUUAAGAAUUUUUUGUUGCAAAAUACAUACUAAAUCUAUUAGAAAAUAUAUACAAUAAGAGGGAUGAAUAAUAAAUUGAUAAAAAAUAACUUGAAAAUAGUUUGAUGAACAAUAAUUCAUUUAAUAUAUCACAUGAACAUUAUUAAGGUGCUUUAUUUUUACUCAAACGAAAACUAUAAAAUAAUAAAGAAAUUACAAAAUAAUUGGUUUCAUUCGUUUAGCUAUCAAAUAAAAAAGAUUCAACGUUUAUUCGCUUAGCCUCAAAUUCCAUAUUUCUUUUAAGUUUUUUAGGAAAGAAUUUAGGAAAUUAAAAUUUUGAUUCAGUUAGUCUGUCAGAAACAUGCAUAAAUGGACUUAGCUUUUGUGAGAGUGUGUUAUCUAAUACCUGCUUUAAUAAAGUUUCUAUUGAUUCAUGUAAUUUUAAUAAUGCAAUCAUUACUGAUGCAAUAUGGAAUAAUAUAAUCACUAAAGAACUUGUCACUUUUGAUUAUAAAGGUGAAAUAUUUUUUGAAAUAGUUUUGAGUGAAAAUGGUGAUGAAUUUUAUACUUUGAGUUCAUUUAAUUAUGAUUAAAUAAUACUAAGAUAAUUUAGUUUUAAAUUAGAUUAAAAACCAAAAGAAAGAAGAUUUAAUGUAUAAUUUAAGGAUAAGAUUAAGUCAAUUUAGAUAGCAAAAAAUUUAUCAAUUAUAUGUUGCACAACCAAGAGUUCAAUAUAACUUUGGAAUUUGAAAGAUUAAAAUAAUAAAAUAAACAAUAAUGAUUGUAUUAUUCUAAGAAAUUUAUUACGUACAAAAGUUACUCUUAGUUCGGAUGGAAGUUAAUUGUUAAUUAACAUGGAUAAUAUAAUUAUUUUGUUAAAUGAAUAUUUUAAUUUAAAAACAAAUAAUACAAUAACAACUACUGAGAAAAUAUCUGAUUUACGAUAUCAGCAAAACCUUAAAAUGGCAAUUUCUUUAAAUGCAAAACUUCUAGCCAUUGUAACAGAUACAAAAAUUAUAUUAUGGGAUAUUCAAGAAUAUCAAAAUAUCAUAAAAGUUCAAGAAAUUGAAUUUAACCAAGAUUAUAUUAUUAGUAUUGCUUUUUCUAAAAAUGGAAAUUAUCUUGUCAUAACCACAAAAUAUUACAACACUAUUAUGGAAACAAACAAUUAAAAAAAAAUUAAUUAAAUUUGUUCUUUUUUUAGCUUAAGCGAAAAUUACACAGCAUUGAUUUCUCCUGACAACAAUUAUAUCACUUUUUAUGGUAGUUAGUAUUUAUCUUUAUAUUAAACUAUAAAUAUAAAUUAAUUUUAGUAAAAACAUAGAAUACCACAUAAGUUAGUUGAUACAAAAAAUUUGAUUGCUGUAAUUUCAAACAAUUUCGAAUUAUUUGCUUGUACAAGUAGAUUUACUAUUCAUAUUUGGAAUAUUAAAGAACUUAAUUAAAUAAAGUAUUUAGGGGUUUUAGAAUCAGAUGAAUAUGAAAUGUAAGAAUUAGAAUUUUCUCAUGAUUGUUAAUAUUUAAUUUCAUCUAGUUAAGAAUUUAUUCUAUUAAUAUGGGAUGUGAAAUAAAUGAAAUUAAUAAAGAAAUUUACUAGUAAGAUUUAAAUAUCUGGCUUACUAUUUUCUUCUGAUAGAUAAGUAUUAGUCUCACAUUCUAAAUAUGAGAUAGUUUUGUGGGAUAUGUCAAACAUUCAAGAGCCAAUUAUUGUUAGGGAAAUAUAAAAUAUAUACGAAAUUGUAUUUUUGAUUGUAUCAAAAAUGCUAAGUCAUAUGAUUUUAUAUUUAAAGACUUAAAAAUUUAUAAUUAGGAAAACUUAGAAUGAUGAAUCAAUUUAAGUAAUUUCGAAAGAGUUAAGUUUUGCAAUUUUUAACGAUGAUGGCAAUAAAUUUGCUACAUAUCAUAGAGGAAUGGUUGAAAUUUGGAAAUUAUAAGACAAUAUUUUUGUAAUAGAGCAUACUCUUGAAGCUCUUAAUAUACUUCUAUUCUUUAGUUCAAAUAAUAAUAAUAUCCAACUUUAAAAGAAUAACUAUAAUUAUAAAUGUUUACUUAAAGAAAUAUUAACUAAAGAUCAUGAGUUUUGCCAAUAUCCAUAGUUUGAAAAUUAAAGUUUUUAAUUAAUUUUGACAGUUUAAAAUGAAUUUAUAGAAAUUUAGAAAGUAGAAUAAUAAAGCUACUAUUAUAUAUAAAAAUAUCCAAUAAUAGAGGCUUAUUUUUCUUCAGAUUCUUCUAUUUUAUGUUUUGCAAUUGAAAACAAAUAAAUCAUCAUAAUUGAUAUUUCUACAAGAAUAAUUAUAAGUCAAAUUAAUAUUGAUACUAGUAAAAUUUGCCGUUUAUAAUUAUCCGAAGUAGAUGAUAUUUUAGCAAUAGCACAUUAAAAUAAAGAAUAGAUCUAAAUUGAUUUAUUUACAAUUAAGGAUCGAAAAAAUCCUCAUUAUCUUUAAUCCACUCAAUGUUCUGAUAUUCCUCAUACAAUGUUAUUUAUGAAUAAUAAUUAAUAUCUUAUAAUAGGGGUCUAUUUCAUAAUUGAACGCUUUGAUCUUGAUAAUUUUAAAUAACCUCAAUUAGUAGGUUUUACAAAAAAAGAUAAACAAUUUAUAUAACAUUUAGAUGGAUAGCAUCUAAUAUAUGUUAAUUAAAAAGGAUAUAUUUAGUUUUUAACUUCACAUUCUAUCUGUAAUAUUUCUGGAAUUCAUAUUUUAGAUUAUGCAAAAUAACAUUUCUGUUAUUUUUUAAGAGAUACCUAUAUCAUAUAAAUAUUUUUAUAAUAAAGUUAAAAUCUUGAUUAUAAAAAAAUAAAUGCAAUUACUAAUUUAUGCUAAGACACUGAUUAAUAAUUAAAUAUAAAAUUUCAUGUAAAAGCUAUCUUACAAACAAAUACAUUAGAUUUAUUGAUAUUUAUAGCAGAAUAUAAGUAGAAGAAGUUAUAAUUUAUAAUUUUUGAUUUAAAAAAGAAUGCGAUAAUAAACAUAAUUGAAGAUGAAGAUGAAUAUUUAUGUCAUUUUUAAUUGUCAGAAGAUGAUUAAUAUCUUGUGUGUGCUUAUGCAGAUUCUCAUAUUAAAGUUUGGGAUAUGAAAACUUAUAAGGUUCUCUUUAAGUAAAAGGUAAACACUGAUUCUUUAGAUAAGGUUUUGAUAUCAACUAAAGGCAUGGUAGUAAGUUGUUAUAGCAGCAAAUUAAAAAUUUGGAACUUUAAAGCAUUAAUGCAACAAUAGAAUCUUGAAAUGGAGGGACAUAAUUACUCAUUAUAGAAUUUAAUGGUCUCACCAGAUGGUUAAUUAUUAUCUUCCGAGUCAUCUUGUGAAAUAAAAUUUUGGGAUUUAGAAGAAUUAAAAUUAUUAUAUGAAGAAGAAGAUAUACAAGUUUCCCAUGGUAAAUUUGAUAAUACUGGUGCCUAUUAUGCAUUUACAAGUUAGAAAGGUAUUGUGGUAUGUAAAUUUAUGAGUAAAUUUAUUAUUGAAAAAUUUAUAAUAGAUGAAGGAGAAGAAGCAAUCUUUUAUUUUACUUCUGAUUCUUAACAAAUAGUUAAAAAUUUUUCAGAAGAAAGCAUUUUAUGUAAUUUGAAAGAAGUUGAAAAAUUGAAAUUGAGUAGAUUGCCUUCUCGUUUUUCCAUUUAAAAACCCAUCAUUAAAUAUACUUUUUCACAUAAUUGGAAGUAUGCCAUAGCUCAUAGCGCAUUCUAAAUAUUUGAAGUAGAUUCUGAAAUGAAAUUGAAGGAAAUACAUUGUAAGGAAUUUUUAGAAUGUAAAGUUCAGACAUUUUGCUUAUCAAAUUGCUUAAACAUGAUUGCAAUAUAAUUUGAUUAGGAAUAAAUAUUUAUAUUUUCUCUUUUGCAAAUGGAAAUCAUCAAAAAAAUUGAAUGUAAUUAUCCAAUAGAACAAUCCAGUUUCUCUUUAAAUGACGAGUUUUUUAUAUUAAUAUGUUGCUAAGAAUAUUUAGUUUUUCAAAUAGUUAACAAUUAAAUUAAUUAGAUAAAAAGAGUAGAGGUUUUUUUUAAAUGUUUUCCUACAAUAUUUCCAUUUUAAGAGAAUUAAUUUAUCUUUAUGUAUUUCUAUUAUAUUCAAGUUUUUUAGAAUUUCGAAUUCUCUAAACAACUAUAGACUGAUAUGGGUGGAAGUAUUGUUAGUGCUUUUUGUACAAGAGAUAAAUUAAUAGCAAUUGCAUCAAAUAGUGAUUAAAGAAUUCAAAUAUAUAAAUUAAAAAGUUCAACUGAAAUCGAGAAAUUAGCUACUUUGAA